AUGUCUGAUUCUACUGACAAUCUUUCUCCUGGUGUCAAGAAACAAACUCGACGCUUUGCACCUGUCAAACGAGGCGGAGGACCCUCCAAGCCGAGAGCAUCAGAACCUGAAGUCAAGAGUGAAUCGACAGAACAACAGAAAUCAACAACGAUUGGAACGAUGCGACCGGAAUCAGUUACUUCAGGACGAUUACAAAGUGUAAACGAAGGUCAAAAGACACGUGGUGGUGCAGUCAAGAUGAAAUUUAAACCUACGGUGCCAUUAAAACGAAACAAAAAGGAAGUAACUUCGUCAGCUAUUGAUGAAGCGCUCAAUUCAAAACAAAAAGACGAUCGAUUCGGACGAGGUCGAGGUGGCGGUUUUGGACGUGGAGGUGGUAGAGGCAGAGGCCGUGGUCGAGGUCGUGGAUUGAUUAUUGAGGAAGCUACUGCAUCUGGUAUCUUCUCGCUGGGUCCAUCUGCCGUUGCUCGUAGUGGAACCAGUCGUCCUGGUUAUGGUGGUGGCGGGUUUGCUACCUACGGUGGCGAUGUGGGUAAUCGAGCAGAAGCAGAUAGUACAGGCACAGAUAUGGUCGAGAUGUUCACGGAGGGCGCAACAGAAUAUACACCUGUGACUUUUCCCCAUGUGUCUCGGUUGGAGGGUGAUGUGGAUCCGAUUACAUUAUCACAAAAAGUGGGUAAAAUACCUUGGAUGACAGUUCGCUCAAAAAAAGAAGAAAAUGAUGACAACGUCAAGGUUAAAGAAGAACAAGAAGAUGGAAUGGCAAUAGACGAACAAAAAGAAGAAGUAAAAACAGAACAUAAGGAAAAAGUGUACAUGAACUCUGAUGCUCCCGCUCAAAAUAUAUUUGCAUUGGAUGAAAAAGAUCGACUCGUCUGUGUAGCCGAGGAAGAACUACUCUAUUUCCAAUUGCCUACUGUUGUGCCCAAGUUUGAAGCCAAAAAGCAAGAGGUGGAAGAAAUAAAGGAUGAAGAGGCGGUUAAGGUUGAAAAAACUGAACAGAACUUACCAUCUGGUACUCGCAAGUCAACGUUAGAAGACGCCAUGGCUAGCCUUGCAUUGGAAGAUAUGCCAGAGGGACAGGUCGGUAAGCUGAUUGUGUACAAGAGCGGCAAGAUGAAGAUGCAGUUUGGAAAUAUUCUUUUGGAUAUCACCCAAGGUAUGCACUCUUCUUUCCUGGAAAACGUGAUGGUCGUUGACCACGAGAGUGAAGAAACAAAAAAGGCGAUCGAACUGGGUCACAUUGUACAGAAAUUUGUGUGUUCACCGAAUAUGGAUUCACUUUUAAAGGAAGCUGAAGAAGCUAUGAAAUAA